AGCGCCGGCGGCAGCGGCCCGCGUGAGGCUGGAGGCCUAGAGGCUCCCCACGCGGGACCUGACGGCACGGGACGGGGCUCCGCGCAGCGCGGGAGGCCCCGGUGCUAAGGAGGCCCCGCGCGGCCGACGAGGCCGGCGCGGACGAGGCCGCUGCCACCUCGGCGCGCCACCGACGCCCGGGCCCGCGCGCGGAGCCGCGCAGGCGGCCUAGGCCGAGCGCGCGCCCCGCCGCUUUGUGUCUGGGAGAUAAGGAUCCGCGCUUAUCGGUGGGAAUUACACUCCGGCCAGCCGGCUGGCGGCGACCCGCCCCUGCGCCCGCCCGCCCGCCCGCCCGCCCGCUCGCCCGCCCGUCACUCUCCGGACGUCGCAGAGGCUCCCUCGCUGCGCUAAACUUUGUGUGAGGAAGCGAAGCAGCUUUUGUCUCUGCCCCGGUCCCGGUGGUUCCCUUGGGCAUGCGUGCCCAAGUUCAGACUCCAUCCCCUCCCCCUGCCCUUUCUCCUCUGCGCUUCUGGCUGCGCCGAGCCGGGAACCCUAAGCUCUGGGAACUUCCCCGGUGGCGGCCGUCUUAGGGUCAGAGCAUGCUCAGUGGCCCGGACUUUUCGGUUGCAGAAGGAGCUGGCGGGGAUGGUCGAGGUAUUUGGAGGACUUGCACUAAGAAGAAGCCUAUGGCACCUGUCAAGUUAAAUGUCACUCCCCGCCUCCACUUGGACUUUCUGCUUAAGACCUGCAUGUGACUUUUCACCUGCGAGCCACGCUUUUGGUAUCUACUGACUUUGAUUACAGGAAAGUGUCUGAAGAUUUGUAUCAAAUGACGUCAAUGGCCAGCUUGUUUUCUUUCACUAGUCCAGCCGUGAAGCGAUUGUUGGGCUGGAAACAAGGUGACGAGGAAGAGAAAUGGGCAGAAAAGGCAGUGGAUGCUUUAGUGAAAAAGCUGAAGAAGAAGAAGGGUGCUAUGGAGGAGCUGGAGAAAGCCUUGAGCAGCCCAGGACAGCCAAGCAAGUGUGUCACGAUCCCCAGGUCCUUGGAUGGACGUCUGCAAGUUUCUCACAGGAAAGGCUUGCCCCAUGUUAUAUAUUGCCGUGUUUGGCGCUGGCCAGAUUUGCAGAGCCAUCACGAGCUAAAACCAUUGGAUAUUUGUGAAUUUCCUUUUGGAUCUAAGCAAAAGGAAGUUUGUAUCAAUCCAUACCACUAUAAGAGAGUGGAGAGUCCAGUCUUACCUCCAGUAUUAGUGCCUCGUCACAAUGAAUUCAAUCCACAACACAGCCUUCUGGUUCAGUUCAGGAACCUGAGCCACAAUGAACCGCACAUGCCACAAAACGCCACGUUUCCCGAUUCUUUCCACCAACCCAACAACGCUCCUUUCCCCUUAUCUCCUAACAGCCCCUAUCCUCCUUCCCCUGCUAGCAGCACAUAUCCCAACUCCCCAGCAAGCUCUGGACCUGGAAGUCCAUUUCAACUCCCAGCUGACACCCCUCCCCCUGCCUAUAUGCCACCUGAUGAUCAGAUGGCCCCAGAUAAUUCCCAGCCUAUGGAUACAAGCAGUAACAUGAUUCCUCAGACCAUGCCCAGCAUAUCCAGCAGAGAUGUUCAGCCUGUCGCCUAUGAGGAGCCCAAACACUGGUGUUCGAUUGUCUACUAUGAAUUAAACAAUCGUGUUGGGGAAGCUUUUCAUGCAUCUUCUACUAGUGUGUUAGUAGAUGGAUUUACAGAUCCUUCAAAUAACAAAAGUAGAUUCUGCCUGGGAUUGUUGUCAAAUGUUAAUCGUAAUUCAACUAUUGAAAACACUAGGCGGCAUAUUGGAAAAGGUGUUCAUCUAUACUACGUUGGUGGGGAGGUGUACGCUGAGUGUCUUAGUGACAGCAGCAUCUUUGUUCAGAGUAGGAACUGCAACUUUCACCAUGGCUUCCAUCCCACCACCGUCUGUAAGAUCCCCAGCAGCUGCAGCCUCAAGAUUUUUAACAAUCAGGAGUUUGCUCAGCUUCUGGCUCAGUCAGUCAACCAUGGAUUCGAGGCUGUGUAUGAGCUCACCAAGAUGUGUACCAUUCGAAUGAGCUUUGUCAAGGGCUGGGGAGCAGAGUACCACCGACAGGACGUCACCAGUACUCCCUGCUGGAUUGAGAUUCACCUCCACGGGCCUCUGCAGUGGCUGGAUAAAGUCCUUACUCAGAUGGGCUCUCCGCUGAACCCCAUUUCUUCUGUUUCAUAGUGCAGAAGUAUUCUUUCAACUAUAUUUUUAGUGGACUUGUUUUAAUUUUAGAGGAAUUUCCAGUACAGAUGCUGUGAGCUGACAUGGAAAACAGAUAUUAUUUUUUCUACGUAAUUGUGACCAACACAUUUGUAUUUUAUGAUGAUAUUACAUUUGUUUGUAUUCGUGUUCAUUGUGAUUAACUUUCAAAAGUAUUGUAAACGAUGUAGAGUAUUUUGCCCCUGUUGAAAUGUUUAGCAUUGAUCUUAAACUGGAACGUACUUUUUCUUAUUGUCCCAACGUUUUUUAAUUUGUUAAAUUUUUUUUACAAAGUAGUUCAUCACAUAAUGAAAUUUUAUCCUAUAAGAGAACAUAUAUUGUGGAAAGCAGUAGAUGAUAUUUCUCUGGGAAUUUCUUUGCCUUACCACCUUUGAAAAAGCAUACAUUGUUUGCAAAACCUCAAAGUAGGGCUUGCUUAAAGGAAACUGUUGAAUCUUGUUUGAAGGACACUGCAGUCCUAACGUGUUCAGUGAAAGCAAGGUGGUAGAUUUCUGGACGUCAUACAUUUACAUUUAAUAUAGGUAAUAUUCAUCAGUGUAAUGUGACUUCAUGCCAUAUAUAUUUUGUAAAACAAUUCCUUUUUAAAAACUUCAAGUAUUUCUCAUUUACUCAAAUUUGUUGUAAGUCCUACUUAACAGUUAGUUACUAUGUGCUCUGUGGCCUUGUUCAGCAUUGUUUGCUGCUUUGGGCCAACAAUUCAAGAACUCUAAUUUUCCUGUGCAUUAAUCUUUUCAUUUUGCACUUUUAUGGGUGACUGUCUUAGUGUAGCCUCUGGUAAAAUACUAUUAGGUGGCCUGGUUUUAGAGCUCCUCCUCGCUGCCUUGGCACUCCUUUGUGCAACACGACCACUUAGAGAUGACAGCUGUGAGCUGUGCUGCUUUUUCUAGCCUUUAAUUUCCAAUGUAGUUUAUAAUGUUGUUCUUCUAUAGCUCCAGCUAAGGUGCCUGUUAGUCCCCUACAAUGUUAUGAGCAUUAUUGACAUUGAAAGGUUAUGUAUGUAUGAAUACCUUUGCUCCUUACCAGACUUGUCAUACAAGGACUCGUGCAGUGUAGCCAGUAGAGGCUCUUUGGUUGGCCCAAGAAUGAGGCUGUUGGUGUAAGUGAAUCACAAUAGGGAUUGGGAUAGUUCAUGUCAUAUGUCAUAUAGCAAGACAAUGUAGAGUGUAGGCUUGUCUCUCUGCAUCAACGCUCUGCCUCUUUCUUUUUAUCCUUUUAGAACCUACAUGGACGCUAAUCUCCACAACACUGUUGGAUGUGAACACUCUUAAGACACUCAUCUAGUUCACUGUGCCUUGUCCUUAGGACUCUUAACCACUUUCUAGGGAGCAGUUAUGGCCUGAGAUGGACAGUCAUGGCCUGAGAAUGAAGACACUACUUUGAUAAAGAAAAAGGCCUCAUUUGCCUAUCAGAGUGAGAAAGGUUUUUUUCUGGUGCCUUUUGAAAAUAUACAGAGCCACUUGGUUCUUCUGCUGAAAAUGUAAUUUUGGUUUGACUUUUUAGAGUGCCCUUCCUGCCUUUAUGAGGAAAACAGCUAUUUUUUUUUUUGGGGGGGGGGAUUCCUUUUGUUUUCUGUGCCAUUAUUUAUUGCCUUUCAGAGUGCAACCAUUGGGUGGCUUUGCUCCUUCAGAGAGGGCUCCUUGAUAGCCUUCAGUAGCUUGAGCUGUAGACAUAAGUAUUCCAUAGCAAGAGUGUGUCAGCUCCAUGAGAGAGAUGUCUGCUUUAUAGCCGAGGCAGAAACCGUUCAUGUUCCUUUACUUGGCAGCCUUCAGGAACAGGUUUGUAAGAACGUGUCUUGAGUUGAGUGAGUGUAUGUCUGUGAGCUCUGCUGAAGUCUGGACACAAGGGCCUUGCCUGCUCCUUUUUUCAGCAGUGGGUUACAUGUUGUCUCUCCACAGUCUUCAUGUCAUAGGUCUCGGACUUGCAGAGUCCUAUGUGGCCUGCCAUCUGUACAGUGGCAGGACUGAAGCUCUGAGCUGUUCUGAGGUUCAUGGAGAAAUCCCAACCUAUUCUGUGGUCAGUAAAUGGAGACUGUGUAGUCUACCUGCUCCUGUACUGUCCUUACUGUAUGUAAGGAUAUACAGACGCCUGUGGGUAGGCAGUACUCACAGUGAGAUGAAGACAGCAAGUGUGCACUGAACCACAGAGGGCAGGGAGUAGGGCCUCUGAAGAAGCCACCAGACCAGACCAGUGCCGGUACAGUCUUUGUCAGAGAUGGCUCUGAUGGGGCCCAGACUGACCCUGACCAUGCUGAGUUGCUGAGGGUAGCCUUCAGUUCUCUACCCUCUGAAGUGCUAGGAUGACAGACAUCCGCCAUCAUACCCAGCUUCCGUGGUGCUAAGGAUCAGCCUCAGUCUUCAGGCGUGCUAGGCAUGUACUUUGCCAAGUAUUUAGUAUACAAAAUACAUUAGUAUCUGCCAGGGAAAAAAGAUUUGCAAAUAAUAAAGAUUGCCAUCAGUUUGAUAAAUGUUGUAAAUGGAAGAAUCAAAAUCUCAGCGAUGGAUUACAGCAACAAGAUGCUGCCUAGGAAAAGCAGGACCAAGAGGUACAUUUGACUAGUAUACCUUCAGCGUAGCGUGAUGACCUCACUGAUGUCACCCAACUGAACUUAAGGGCUGUAAGUAGGCGUGCUGUGGGCCUUCCAGAACUAGAGAAAAUUAUAGGAGGAAGUCAGUUCUAAAGUAUCAAAAGCUGGGUAAUGGUGGCACAUGCCUUUGAUUCUAGCACUCGGGAAGCAGGGGCUAGCCUAGUCUACAGAGCAACUUCUACACAGAGAAACUGUCUUGGAGGAAAAUAAAAAAAGAAAAGUCAAAGAGCAAACAAAUAGAACAGAGUAGGAAUCCGUGUCCCCUUUUUUCUAUGUUUCACGGUUGCAGGUGUAAGAAAAGUAGUCAUAGAUGUGGCUGAGUUUCUAAGAUGAAACCAGUAGUAAGAUUGCUAAAUAUAACACUUCAACCAAGUUAAACACCCUUUGGGGGUAUGAAUGAAAGUAACACUGCAAUAUGAAAUGAACCGUGCAAGUAACACUUGGGGUUACCUCACAGUCUCCCUAUGCCUGAGAGGACUGUGGGAAACAUUUCCAUCCCCUGCCAGUAUCGCCAUUGGGAGGACAGAGUAGAUGAAGAAGUGAAGUCUUACUGGUCCAGGGCACGCCUGUCAGCAAUGCCAUUUGUGCUUCUGCCACAGAGAGCACCGAGAGGCUUGGCUCAGUAUCCUCGAACCUUCUCUGGUCACUUCCCUGGCAGCACUUGGGUCCCUGUCACUCACUGGUCUCUUAAAAGUCCCGUCUCUUUGCUUCCUAAAGAUUCUCUAAAAAAAUUACUAUUUUUUAUUUCUUUUUUAAAAGUCUUUGUUAUUUUGUUUUGGGAUACAGUCUCUUUGUACAGUCCUGGCUGGCCUGGAAAUUACUAUGUAGGCCAGCCUCAAACUUGAAGUAAUUCUCUUGCCUCUGCCUCUGGAGUUCUGGGAUUACAGGCAUGCACUGCAGAGUACAGUGAGCUCUGAUGGCUUUUAAAAUUCAGCCCCUUUGAGGGUUUGGUUUUAGAUCCAUUAGCUUUGUCUGAACCCAUCUUUGUCCGGCCGAGUAAAUCCUCUGCUAUCCGGGGUCUCGGUAGAAAUGUGUUCUCAGUAUACAUACGACUAAACAUUGGUUGUUUAUAGGUAGCCUCAGAUAUUUGGUAGAGCAUCUUUUUUGAAAGUAAUCUCCAGCUAGGUGGGUAUUUCCCUCACAGCAGUAGGAUUUUCCCUUUAGGAGAUACCAGUUCUUCAUCUUUCUUGUGAAAAUAAUGCCUUUAUGGGGAGUGAAGAUUAAGGAGUUGUUUCUACACUAACAGAAUUCUAUUUGAUGGACAACUUGGACAGUUCUGUGGACUUGGGUGGGUUCUAGUGUGCUAAGAAGGAUAACAGUAUUUAAUAGUGUCUGUCAUCAGGCCUUGCUCAUCUCCCUGUCUAGGGCUGUAGGUCAGUGCUCGAGCACUUAGCAGGCAUCGAGUCUAGUGUUCAGUGCCCAGCAUUGCACAGAACUCAGAAUAUAUCUGUACUGAAACUGAAGUGACCACCUACAACCAGGUGGUAUGCCAGAACCACAGAAAGGAGAUUCACGGUGAUGUGUUUAAAGCAUUGGGCUGGUGACGGUUGCUGUGUAGUAAUGACCUCUUCCUCAGCAAAGAGAGUCCUGGAGCAGGCUGUCCUCAGAAGAGGGAAGGGACUGGUGUGCUCCUUGUGCAGAUAACUUAGUGUAUAAAUCGGCAUGAGUAGCUAUCCUUUAAGGAUUUGUUUGAAGUUACUCUUUGUAAAAAGUUGAGAAUUUUGUGUGCAGUUGGGCACAUGCUUGCCCUUCCCCCACCCGCCAUAGUCCUGCCUCUCUUGCUGUGAACUGGUGUCAGCUACAACACUCCAGCUAGGUCUGAGCUCUUUUGAGAGAAGGUCUCGUAGAGCACCAUUCUCAGAGAGAAGCUAAAGCAUGGGGAGCCUUAGGACGGUCAGGCAAUGCACUCUUUACCACGGCUGGCUAAGGCUGCAGCUUGACCGUCCUUACCUAAAUCAGGUAAGAAUGUGAUUACAGAGCGAGUGCUUGUGUUCCCCGGCCUGCCUUCUCCGAGGAAGAUGCUUCAUCCGAGGAUGAUGCAGAGCAGACGAUGGCUGCACUGUAGGUCUGCCUCCUUCUGUGUAUGGGUUCUGCUGCUGCUUACGGCAUAGGAAAGUACACUAGCAGCGUGCUUCAAUUCUGCCAUCUUUUGAUACUUAUAAAAAUGUAUUAGGUUUUACUGUAUUGUGCUCUCAAAGCCAUAACUCUUAAGAAAUUUGGUUUUUUUGCAUAUUGUUUGCUAAUACUUUGUUUUAAUAAACCUCAAAAUCUG